UGGGCCAGGCCAGGCAGGAGGUCGCAGCCGGUGGCACAGGAGUGUGGGCUGGCGGCCAGGGGUGGCUAUGGCAUCCUGCCCCAGAGAGCAUUACUGGGACCCCUUAGCGAAAACCUGUAUCUCCUGCACAGUCACCUGCAGCCAGAGGAGCCAGCACACCUGCACAGACUUCUGCAAGUUCCUCAGCUGCCGAAAACAGCAGGACAAGUACUACGACCAUCUCCUGGGGGCCUGCGUCAGCUGCGACUCCACCUGCAUGCAGCACCCUCAGCAGUGUGCUCAUUUCUGUGAGAAAAGGGCUCGAAGCAGGGUGAACCUCCAGCCAGAGCUCAGGAGCCCACAGGCCGGGGAGGUAGAAGCCAGGCCAGACAACUCAGGAAGGCACCAGGGAUCAGAGCAUGGAGGCUUGCAGACAGGUCCAGGAUUGAAGCUGAGCAGCGACCAGCUGGUCCUAGUCUACAGCACACUGGGGCUCUGCCUCUGCGCCAUCUUCUGCUGUUUCUUGGUGGCCGCGGCCUGCUUCCUCCGGCGUAGAGCAGAGCCGCUUCCCAGCCAGGGCGCACUGCCUCGUGGGCCACAAGCAAAGGCUCCCCACCGCGCGGCGAAGGAGGCUCUCAGCGAGGUGGUCGCGCCACCCCAGCCUGUCGAGACGUGUAGCUUCUGCUUCCCGGAGCGCAGGUCGCCCACGCAGGAGAGUACCCGCGCUCUCGGGAUGCUGGGCUUCGCGGGCACCGCCGCCCCACAGCCCUGUGCGCGCGCCACGGCCGGCGGCCUGGGGGGCGUGCGCCUGCCCACCGGGGACGCGCGUCCUGGAGCUUGA